UGAUUACCGGGGGAGGGUGGCUGUCGCCGCAUCCGUCUCUGGUUCGCUGGGAAAGAAACCCUUGUGAAGCAAAGCCUCGUCGAGUACCUCCGCUGCAUUGCUGGCUCGAUGGAUUGAUGAGUAUGAGUACGGAGAGGACACUUAAAAGUAACAUCUUCAGAAUUAGAGUAGUUCUGAAUUAGCUUCGGGUGUUUGCACAGUAACAGAGUUCUGGUAACAUGGAUGAUUUAUUGUCAGCCAUAAUAACACUUCUCCUUUGUACAUUUAUUCAAAACACUACUUGCUUGUGCAAUGUGACCUGCUACACCGACUACAUCAGCUCUUUGAACUGCACCUGCCAAGGCCAAGUGCCUCAGUCACCAUAUGAGUUGGCGAUACCUCGAACAAAUGAUUCAAAUCCUUCAGCUUGUCAACUCAAACAUAAUCGAAAUAUUGGAUCAAUUGAAACAUGGUGUUUACUAAACAUUUCUGACCUUGACGAUUUUUAUACAGUAUGUGCUUAUCCAGAGAACAAAAGCCAUCCUGAACAUUGUGCCACCAUUGAACUAAGAGAAAUGAUUAAGCCACAACCACCUUUUAAUGUGACAAUUGAAAAAAGUGACAAUGAUUAUAAUAUGUCCUGGGAAAUGAUGUACACUGAGGAAGAAAACUACUAUCUGAAUGGAGAACUUGUAUACGAAGUACGCUACAAGACUACAUAUGAUAGCUGGGAGAAUCAAAGAGUUUGCCACAUAUAUAAUGACAUCAGGAGCUAUAUUAUUGCAAAUACUUUAUUUGAAAGUGGUAAAGAGUAUGUAUUUGAAAUUCGUGCAGGAGUGAAUAAUGAGAGUGGCUACUCAGGUACCUGGAGCGAGUGGAGUAAACCUGCCAUUCUAACAAGUCCAUCAGUCAAUAGAAGAUCUUUCACUGAAAUUUUUUCAAUCCUGGUUCUGAGCAUUUCCCUGGCUGUUCUGUCAUUAUAUGCAGGAAAAAUCCUUCACUCCAGGUUACUGAAGAAGCAUUGUCCUUUCAUUCCUAGCCCAGAAGACUUCUUCAAGCCUCUCUACAUUAUUCACAAUGGAGACUUCAAGAGCUGGGUUGGUCACCCUCAUAUGUUUACAGGAUUCGACUUUGUUGAAAAAAACACAGUUGUUCCAAUUGUGAAAAGCAAAGAAGAAUCUGUGAAGAACAUGGUCGAACUGGGAGAUGACAUCACCAGCAGGGCAGCAGACAGAACAAGUAACUGUGGUUUUAUGUGUCGAAGCAUGGCUAGCAACAGUUCUUCUAAACUGUACUUCUCCAGUGGAAGCAUGGCAAGCGUUUUGAAAGAUAACUCCAUCGGUCACAUUUCAAUCGAUACCGUUACUGUCUCAGCUGAAGAUGCACUCUGCUGUCCACAGUGGCCCGGUGCGGAGGAGGAUGAGGCCUACAGAGGCAGUGAUGAAAGCUAUGAUUACUCAUCUGCUGGUGUACUUGAUGGCUCAAGUCUGUCUGAAGAAGACUCCCUUUUGUCCAAUGGACCAGAAAACAGACCAAGCGACAUGGUCAUUUUGUGCAGUUGUGUUUCAGAAGAUACAAAACGCAGUCCAUGCUUUCCUUUGAACUCCAUAAUGUCUUCAAAUCCUAUUGCUCUUUAUGACCUGAUUGGUAACGAUUCUGAACCAGGAGACCAGCGGCACUUACCAGAUGAGGAAAGCCUUUCGUUAAAUUCUUUUGAAUCUAACAGUAGGUCUGAAGGAGAAGAUGGGUAUCCAAAAAUCUGUCUAGAUUUGGACACAAUAGACAGUGGCUUUACAGAAUCAGGCUGCAGUAGUCCAGUUGAAUCAGAUUUUCAUAACAAAGAUGAAACAAAUUUGUCGGUUUUGGGUGAGAGGGAACACUCUUCCAACUACGUCAAGCAGUGGGUUGCCUAUACUGUCUCACCACCUGGUGACUCAUCUUCCUCCAACUAAACAUUACUUUAGUGAAAGUGAAGGCUGUGAUGCAGUUGUCCAUCUGGCAGGAAUGCUGAUCCACUGACACAAACUUUAGGAUUCUUGCAGUGGAAGGACAUCUUUGGUAAAUCGUACUGUUAACGCACUCCAGAUUACUGCACUGUAUGCCAUUGAUUUCACCUUUUCCAUCUGCCUUUUUGACAUGGAACUGUUGCCCAGUUCUGCUUGACAUUGGUCUUCAAUCUGAGCCUUCUGCUUCCCUUUAGCCCGAACUGGAAUGAAAUAUUACAAUAAAUUGAUGGCCUACAAGGCUUGUACAACUGUGAUCUAGAUACAUGUUGGAACCAUCCACCAGAACACACAAAAUAUAAUUUUGCCAAUAACGUACACAUCUGAAAGAUCUGAACAGUAGAUGACAGUGGUGUCUUUCAUGCAGACCUCAGUGCACUCUACGUAAAACAAAGUGUAGACAUUGACCAAGAGCUUAUUUUAAAAAGCACACGUGGUAGCAUCAAAGAAAGCUGGGUAGGACGCUAAACAGAUGAGACUUUGAGCGUCUGGCAACCAGGAGGAACAUUUUUGUGCUCCGGUGGAUCCUCUUUUAUUAGCAAGCUGCAUUGGACUAAAAGAUUUCCUCAGGGGUAAUGUUUUUAAAUUCUCAAUUCAGAGCGACUGUAAGAGGGGUUCGAAUUUGACAGUCCUGCAGAACCAAAAUGUCCAAUCAUCAUUACAAAACUAAACUGUGCUAAGAGGUUUUCAGCUCAUAAACUGAGACAGUGCACACUUCAGAGCUGCAAGUGACAUGUGCGCUGAGGUAAAGGAGAGUGCAGUUUAUAUUUCAACCACAAAGGACAACUGCAGUAGCUUGUCUGACUUAAUAUAAACCUUGCACUUAGCUCCCAGUAAGGAUUAAAAAGUACUACAUUUAUUUAUAAACACCGUCAUAGAUGUGAGAAAACUGACAAGUGUUAUGGCCAAUUUAACAGCAGGACUUUAAAAUUUAGGGCUUGAUGUUUGGUACUGAACGCAAAAUAUGAGCGGUCCCUACAAUUCUUCUGAGCCAGUCUUUUUUGUGCUCAUUAUUGUUGUUUACAUGAAUAUUUGUAUAUGCCUCAAAAGUAUAUAAUUCAUACAGUGUAUAGCAGUUCUACUGAUAAUUGCUGAAGAAUGAUUUUGAAAAAUGUAGUAUUUGUAUGGUCUAUUUUUGGUCAAAUGAUAUUAGUUAUCUGUCCUUUAUGUGGUAUCAAACAGCCAAAUCUCACAAUGUUUGUAUACUAGCAAUGUUCACAAUAUAUGUGAAUUUACAAAAGUUCCUCAGCAGAAAAGCAAAAAAUCUGAUGUGUCCAUGAUUUCCUCCAUA